AACAUCAAAUCAACCAUCAUUACAGACUUUCAACCAGAUAUAUGCAAAGACUUUAAAAACACUGGCUACUGUGGCUUUGGUGAUACCUGUAAAUUCCUACAUCUAAGAGAUGACUUUCAAAAAGGCUGGAAACUAAAUGACAAUGAUAAAGAAUGGAUAAUAAACAGUACCUCUCUUGACAACAAAAUCAAAAAAAAAAUUAUAAACGAUAAAAUCCCAUUCAAAUGCCCAAUCUGUAGAAAAACCUACAAAAAUCCAAUAAAAACAACCUGUAACCACUACUUUUGCGAAAAAUGCUUCCUCGACCGAUACUCCUCCAAAAACAUCAAAAAAUGCUUUAUCUGCCAUGCUCAAACAAAUGGAAUAAUGUUUCCUGCAAAAAUUCUC